AAAAGCUGGAGAGCACUUUCUGGAGAAGGUUCAGUUAUGAAAACAAAAGUAUUGUAACAGAUGGGGCCAGCUGCACCUUGGAAACAGCAUAAAAGCGGGGCCGGGAGAGCCAAGGGAGCUUAUCAGCCUCACAGGAGAGCCAGAGGGACGCUGACUGACGGGGCUCGCGGCGGCAGACACACACUUUUGCACUGCGGGGGGAGAUAUAAAAGCACUCUCACACACAGCGUCCAGCCGUCUGGCACACUCCACACUUCACUGAAGGGCUCCAUUUGACUUGGGUGUGAGUUUCUCAUCACAGAGAAUGCUUCCUCCAAAACACCACGGGACUCAACUUGAAAGGUUUUAAAGGAAAAAGAGACAGUUGAUUUGGAUAGCAUAUGACCACAAAAAUUCCCUCUCUUUAAAGAUUGGAUGUUUUUUGGGCUAAGUAGCAGCCAGGUUUUGGGGGUACUUUUGUGAUGUGGAUAUUAAUGGUGGACGGGCACUGUCAAGCUGUUUGCAGAGGAAAAGAUAGAAAGACAGGAACGUUUUUGAAUUCUAACCCACUGUUAUUGUGACUAUUUUACCACUUUUUAUCGUCUUUCAUUUUUUUCACAUUCUCCACAACUUAUCCAAACCAAGUAUUGAAAAACUGAGGUAUUGAGCGAAGAUGGACUCCUCAUUCACCUCGGAGAUGUUUUACAACGCGGGGUCGAUCGCAGCCCCCACCGCCAGUUACCUGGAUGAGGACAUCUAUAUGCAGGAGGAUCUGGAUGUGUUCAGUGUGACCAUGGCGGUUCUCUACCUGGUUGUGUGCAUCGUAGGGCUGGCCGGGAACACCCUGGUCAUUGUGGCCAUCUUAAAGCUGGACAAGAUGGCUUCCGCCACCACGGUCUACAUCUUUAACCUGGCCUUGGCCGACGCCCUCUUCAUGGUGGGCCUCCCCUUUAUCGCCAUCCAGAACUUCCAGAACCACUGGGCCUUCGGGGACCUGGCCUGCAAGCUGGUCAUGGUCCUGGACGGCAUCAACCAGUUCACCAGCGUCUUCUGCCUGACCGUGAUGAGUAUUGACCGCUACAUGGCGCUGGUCGACCCACUGCGGUUCGCCCGCUGGCGCACGCCCAAGCGGGCCAAGAUUGUCAGCGGCUUCCUGUGGCUGUUCUCUCUGCUGCCUGUCCUCCCCAUGGCCAUUCACUUCUCGGCCAGGGACGGCCUGUGUACGGUGGACCCCCACGUGGCCUCUGACUCCUGGUGGCUGGCCUUCCUCAGCUACACCUUUGUCCUGGGCUUCGCUCUGCCCUCCCUGGUCAUGACUGUCUCCUACACUGCCCUGGUGGUCACCCUGAGGACUCACCGUUGCCAGGCCCGCUCCCCAGGCCAGGAGAGCCAUUGCCUAGAGACCCAGGUCACCAAGAUGGUGGUGGCGGUGGUGCUGGUGUUCGGCGUGUGCUGGCUGCCUUUCUACACCUUCAACUUCUGCUCGCUCUACCGUAUGGACCUGGUGCUGACCUUCGCCAGGGGCUUUGAGUUCGUGGUGCUGCUGUCUUACUCCUGGAGCUGUGCCAACCCCAUACUGUACGCCUGCCUCUCCGAAUCCUUUGGACGCCACUUCCUCACCCUCCUCUGCCCCACCAAAAGGUCUCCCAGCGUGCACUGCAACCCUGACACGGAGCGCUAUGACCUCAAUGACACGAGCGGGAGGGACAUCAGUGUGGUGGCGUAGAGAAGCCAGGAAAACAUUUCACAUCAGCCCCAAGGUGCAAUUUGGAAAUGUGAAAACUUUUUUUGUACGUAUGUACCGUAUGCAAAACUUCCCCUAUCAAUUAUUACCUUAAUUCUUGUGUAUAUAAGGAGGUCGGUAAAGAUUAUAUUGCCAAGUGUUUUUCCAUACAAGUGUUUCUGUACAGCUGUUGUUUUUCUACUGGAUAAUAGACUUUAUAUUUCUUCUCUGCUCUGACUUUUUCUGAAAUUUGACUUCAAAUACAACUGUGGUGCGUUGGCCCCGUUGCUCUAUCACACCUCUGUCAUUUGAUUUUCCAUAACUCAUGAAAUGAAGCAUAAACGAUGUGACAACAGAGAGGCGGUGAACGGUGGCAUGUAAACAAGAUAGCAGCUAUGUGUUGCUGGCCAAGACAAUGAGCUCCCAGAAGACCCACGGAUGUUGACUCAAUGACUUUUGGGUGAUGUCAUGGAAGUCAGCUCAGAGUUGAUUUCUUUCGGGGAAAUUCUUACUACAGAACUAUUUGGGGUGAGAUACGAAGGACAAGACGAAAAGGUGUUUGGUUCAUCCCAAGAUUAGUCCUAUUGGAUGUUCAUAGAGUAAGAAUGUUCACACUGUAACUAUGGAUGUUUUAUACUUAUUAAUAUGCGUGUUGUAUGUGGCUUAAUAUUUUGAAGUUAUUCAGUCUUAACAGGGUACAUUUUGUAUUAGUUAUAAUUUAGUCGCUUUUGCCUAAAUUAAAUAUAGUGUGUUUUCCUGAUGGAGGCAGAUGAAUGAAAAAUGUAUUACUUUUUGCAAACUUUAUGAUCAAGCAACUGAGUCUUUAUCAAGACAAUGGACCAAGAAAAUACAAGCGAGAGAUUGAUGGUAUAAUCAUCAUCACAAUUCAGAUCAUAACCACCACCGCCAUCGUCAUCGACACAUUUUUUUGUCGUGUCUUUCAUGUUGCAAUUAAGCUCAACCAAUUGUUAUGUCAAAUUAGUUUCACAGUUUACAAAUAUUGUUUAUGGAUACGUAUUACACAUUGCUGCUUGAAUCUCACUCGCUCACUUACUCACCACUGUAGCAUCACCUUCCUGUUUUAAAUAUAAAAUCCCACAUGAGAGAAAGCUAACUGAAGGAAUUUUGCAUUAAAACAUACAAAUCACAAUGUUGGUUUUUUCUACU